UCAGAGCAGACAGACGGGCUGAGCAGCUCGCAGCGUCAGCAUCGCUUUGACUUUUCCUCUGAAGGAACGAAACUUUCUCAGGUUGGUUUCAUCUCUUCUGCCUUUUAUUUAUUUAAUCCACGUGUGUUUCUGCUAACAGAGUACAUGUGGUGUGUGACGAGCACUGAAGGAAUACAACACUGAGGUACUUGUACUUAUUAGUUACUUACUCUCAGUGCAAAAUUCUGUACUGUACUGCAUCACCUGUCAGCUGGAGUACUUUUCUGUUUUUAUACACCAACAUGUGAUCUAUUUAUAAAAUAUUCAUCAGUAAAACCACACAGAUGAUAAAAUCAGCUCCACCUCGACGGCAGGAAUCAGAAAUCAAUAAAUCAACAAUAAAUAGGAAAUCAAUGGAACACUUUGACUGUUGAGUAUGAUCUGCUGAUGAUACUUGUACUGCGUGUAUUUUUGUCUUUUAAUACAUGAACACAGUGUUUGUUUUUACUCAGACAGGAGCUCUGCUCUCCCUCCUCUCAGACACAGUGCUGAUGUCAGACUAUUUGCAGCCAGCUGAUUGGUCCUCUGCUGCUAUGACAACAUCAGGAUUCAACACGAAGGUUAGCCCCGCCCCCUUCCACACCUUCCUCCAAUCACUGAACGUGUCACAUGAGGCCGAGCGCUGUACCGCUGCCACUCACCAGUUUGUAAAUUCUUGUCAGCGGUUGGACGACUCCAGCUGUCAGUCACUGAGCUCCGCCCACACCCCACCUCUCAAUUCCACAUCCUUACAUGGUGAUCCAGCUCUGACCCGGCCCCCCACCUGCCUCCCCUCCUUAAUGCUUGGAUGGAAUAGUUACCAUGGCAAUCUUGCCUUCCUCUCCUCCUCCUCCUCUCAGGCGUGGGGCAGCCUCCCAGAGGAGCGACAGUGUGUGAGCUGUGGGUCCAGCAGCGCCCCCCUGUGGACGAGACACACCACAGGUGGUCACCUGUGUAACACCUGCAGCCUCCAACAGAAAACCAACAACAGACCACUGCUGAGGCCGAAGAGGAGAGCUACUGCGACUCAGAGAUCUGGAACUCAGUGUGUGAACUGUUCAACUGCAACCACGACACUGUGGAGGAGAAACCCUGCUGGAGAGCCAGUGUGCAACGCCUGUGGACUCUACUACAGACUGCACCAGGUCAACAGGCCGUUGGCGAUGAAGAAAGACGGAAUCCAAACCAGAAACCGCAGAGUGACCAAUAGGACCAAGCGGGGGGCAGAAAAUCUGACCAAUCAGAGACACAGCUGUCCCGUAGGGUCCCGCCCACAGGAGGCCAUGUUUGAGACCUCGGCACCUUCUCCUCUCUGCUGGAUGAGAAGCCAAGCUGUGAAACAUUUUGGUUUUAAAACCUGUUGAAUCUUCCAACAUGUGAACUGAUUCUUUGAUUAAAAUACGUUUCGUCA